CCGGCUCCGAGUGGUACGCGCCCCCCGGUGCAGACACGGAACUGGCGCGCGCUCGCAGCGGCGCUGGCGCCGGCGAGCUUCCGACGCUCAGCUGCUGGGGUCCGUCUGGCUGGGCCUGGCCGGUUCCCCAAGGCUCGGGAGAUAACAUCAGAAUUUCUCCUGGGAACACUGACUCCUUGUGUGGUGCCUUGAAGUUUCUCUGAAAUGAACUGAUGAAUUGGAACCAUGGUGCAAAAGAAGAAGCUCUGUCCUCGGUUACUUGAUUAUCUGGUGAUCGUAGGGGCCAGGCACCCAAGCAGUGAUAGUGUGGCCCAGACUCCUGAAUUACUGCGGCGAUACCCACUGGAGGACCAUGCCGAGUUCCCCCUGCCCCCAGACGUAGUGUUCUUCUGCCAGCCCGAGGGCUGUCUGAGUGUGCGGCAGCGGCGCAUGAGCUUGCGGGAUGACACGUCUUUUGUCUUCACCCUCACUGACAAGGACACUGGAGUCACCCGUUAUGGCAUCUGUGUUAACUUCUACCGCUCCUUCCAGAAGCGUAUGCCUAAGGAAAAGGGGGAAGGUGGGGCAGGGUCCCGUGGGAAGGAAGGACCCCGUGCCACCUGUGCCUCAGAAGAGGUUGGCACUGAGACCUCAGAGAGUGGCUCAUCCCUGCAGCCCCCCAAUGCUGACGCCGCCCCCGAUGUCAGUCAGUCUCCUCGGGGCAAACCCCGGGCUAAGGCAGGGGGCCGUUCCCGCAAUAGUACUCUGACAUCCCUGUGUGUGCUCAGCCACUAUCCCUUCUUCUCCACCUUCCGAGAAUGUCUGUACACCCUCAAACGUCUGGUGGACUGCUGCAGUGAGCGGCUGCUGGGCAAGAAACUGGGCAUCCCUCGAGGCAUACAAAGGGACACUAUGUGGCGCAUCUUUACCGGAUCGUUGCUAGUGGAGGAGAAGUCAAGUGCCCUUCUGCAUGACCUUCGAGAAAUUGAGGCCUGGAUCUAUCGAUUGCUGCGCUCCCCAGUACCCGUCUCUGGGCAGAAGCGAGUAGACAUUGAGGUCCUACCCCAGGAGCUCCAACAAGCUCUGACCUUUGCUCUUCCAGACCCUUCUCGAUUCACCCUAGUGGAUUUCCCACUGCACCUUCCCUUGGAACUUCUGGGUGUGGAUGCCUGUCUUCAGGUGCUAACCUGCAUCCUGUUAGAGCACAAGGUGGUGCUACAGUCCCGAGACUACAAUGCCCUCUCCAUGUCUGUGAUGGCAUUUGUGGCGAUGAUCUACCCACUGGAGUAUAUGUUUCCUGUAAUCCCACUGCUGCCCACCUGCAUGGCAUCAGCAGAACAGCUGCUGUUGGCUCCAACUCCGUACAUCAUUGGGGUCCCUGCUAGCUUCUUCCUCUACAAACUGGACUUCCGAAUGCCCGAUGAUGCCUGGCUGGUGGAUCUGGACAGCAAUAGAGUGAUUGCUCCCACCAAUGCAGAAGUGCUCCCAACCCUGCCAGAACCGGAAUCCUUAGAGCUGAAAAAGCAUUUGAAGCAGGCCCUUGCCAGCAUGAGUCUCAACACCCAGCCCAUCCUCAAUCUGGAGAAAUUCCAUGAAGGCCAGGAGAUCCCCCUUCUCUUGGGAAGACCUUCUAACGACCUGCAGUCCACACCUUCCACUGAAUUCAACCCACUCAUCUAUGGCAAUGAUGUGGAUUCUGUGGAUGUUGCAACCAGAGUGGCCAUGGUCCGUUUCUUCAACUCCCCCAACGUGCUGCAGGGCUUUCAGAUGCACACACGUACCCUGCGUCUCUUCCCUCGGCCUGUGGUAGCUUUUCAAGCUGGCUCCUUUCUAGCCUCACGUCCCCGGCAGACUCCUUUUGCUGAGAAGCUGGCCAGGACUCAGGCUGUGGAGUACUUUGGAGAAUGGAUCCUUAACCCCACCAACUAUGCCUUCCAGCGAAUUCACAACAACAUGUUUGAUCCAGCCCUGAUUGGUGACAAGCCAAAGUGGUAUGCUCAUCAGCUGCAGCCUAUCCAUUAUCGAGUCUACGAUAGCAAUUCCCAGCUGGCUGAGGCACUGAGUGUGCCCCCAGAGCACGACUCUGACUCGGACCCCACUGAUGACAGUGGCAGUGACAGUAUGGAUUAUGAUGACUCAAGCUCUUCUUACUCCUCUCUUGGCGACUUUGUCAGUGAAAUGAUGAAAUGUGGCAUCGAUGGUGACACCCCCAGUGUGGAUCCACUGACACACGCAGCCCUGGGGGAUGCCAGUGAGGUGGAGAUUGAUGAGCUGCAGAGCCAGAAGGAAUCAGAGGAGCCGGGCCCAGACAGCGAACACCCUCAGGAGAGCCCGCCUCUGCGCUCCAGCUCCAGUACCACCACUGGCAGUAGCCCCAGCAUGGUCAUCCAUGGAGCUACUUCUGAACCUGCCGACUCAACAGGGGUGGACGAUAAGGCAGCAGGAGGUGUCUCCAAGCCCCUCCCUCCCGUGCCUCCCAGCACUGGCAAAUCGAACGCAGACAGGCGCCAGACAGAAAUUGGAGAGGGGUCAGUGCGCCGGCGAACCUAUGACAAUCCAUACUUCGAGCCCCAGUAUGGCCUUCCCCCUGAGGAAGAUGAUGAUGAACAGGGGGAAAGUUACACUCCCCGAUUCAGCCAACAUGUCAAUGGCAGUCGGGCUCAAAAGCUGCUGCGGCCCAACAGCUUGAAACUGGCAAGCGACUCAGACGCAGAGUCAGACUCUCGAGCGAGCUCACCCACCUCCACCGUCUCCAACAACAGCACCGAGGGCUUCGGGGGCAUCAUGUCUUUUGCCAGCAGCCUAUAUCGGAACCACAGUACAAGCUUCAGUCUUUCAAACCUCACACUGCCCACCAAAAGUGCCCGAGAGAAGACCACACCCUUCCCCAGUCUGAAAGUAUUUGGGCUAAAUACUCUAAUGGAGAUUGUUACUGAAGCCGGCCCCGGGAGUGGUGAAGGAAACAGGAGGGCCUUAGUGGACCAGAAGUCGUCUGUUAUUAAACACAGCCCAACAGUGAAAAGAGAGCCUCCAUCACCUCAGGGUCGAUCCAGCAAUUCUAGUGAGAACCAGCAGUUCCUGAAGGAGGUGGUCCACAGCGUGCUGGAUGGCCAGGGCGUUGGCUGGCUCAACAUGAAGAAGGUGCGUCGGCUACUGGAGAGUGAGCAACUGCGAGUCUUUGUCCUGAGCAAGCUGAACCGCACAGUGCAGUCAGAGGAUGAUGCCCGGCAGGAUGCCAUCCCCGACGUGGAGAUCAGUCGAAAGGUGUACAAGGGAAUGUUAGACCUGCUCAAGUGCACGGUACUCAGCCUGGAGCAGUCCUAUGCCCACGCAGGUCUGGGUGGCAUGGCCAGCAUCUUUGGGCUUCUGGAGAUUGCCCAGACCCACUACUAUAGUAAAGAACCAGACAAGCGGAAGAGAAGUCCAACAGAGAGUGUAAAUACCCCAGUUGGCAAGGAUCCUGGCCUGGCUGGGCGGGGGGACCCAAAGGCUACGGCACAGCUGAGAGUUCCGCAGCUGGGACCUCGGGCGCCAAGUGCUGCAGGAAAGGGUCCUAAAGAACUGGACACCAGAAGUUUAAAGGAAGAGAACUUUGUAGCAUCUGUUGGGCCUGAAGUAAUCAAACCCGUCUUUGACCUCCGUGAGACAGACGAGAAAAAGUCCCAGAUCAGUGCGGACAGUGGCGUGAGCCUGACAUCUGGUUCCCAGAGGACUGAUCCAGACUCUGUCAUUGGUGUGAGUCCAGCUGUUAUGAUCCGAAGCUCAAGUCAGGACUCUGAAGUUAGCACCGUGGUGAGUAAUAGCUCUGGAGAGACCCUUGGAGCAGACAGUGACCUGAGCAGCAAUGCAGGUGAUGGGCCAGGCGGUGAGGGCAGCGCCCACUUGGCAAGCUCUCGGGGCACCUUGUCCGAUAGUGAGAUUGAGACCAACUCUGCUACCAGCACCAUCUUUGGGAAAGCCCAUAACUUGAAGCCAAGUGUCAAGGAGAAGCUGGUGGGCAGCCCAGUUCGCUCAUCUGAAGAUGUAAGCCAGCGAGUCUAUCUCUACGAGGGACUCUUAGGAAGGGACAAAGGAUCGAUGUGGGACCAGUUAGAGGAUGCGGCUAUGGAGACCUUUUCUAUAAGCAAAGAACGUUCUACGUUAUGGGACCAAAUGCAGUUCUGGGAAGAUGCAUUCCUAGAUGCUGUGAUGUUGGAGAGAGAAGGAAUGGGUAUGGACCAGGGUCCCCAGGAAAUGAUCGACAGGUACCUGUCCCUGGGAGAACAUGACCGGAAGCGCCUGGAAGAUGAUGAAGAUCGUUUGCUGGCCACGCUUUUGCAUAACCUCAUCUCCUACAUGCUACUGAUGAAGGUAAAUAAGAAUGACAUCCGGAAGAAGGUGAGGCGCCUGAUGGGAAAGUCCCAUAUUGGGCUUGUGUACAGCCAGCAAAUCAAUGAAGUGCUUGAUCAGCUGACAAACCUGAAUGGACGUGAUCUCUAUAUCCGGUCCAGCGGCAGCCGGCACAUGAAGAAGCAGACAUUUGUGGUACAUGCAGGGACAGACACAAAUGGAGAUAUCUUCUUCAUGGAGGUUUGCGACGACUGCGUGGUGCUGCGCAAUAACCUCGGGACGGUGCAUGAGCGCUGGUGGUACGAGAAGCUCAUCAACAUGACCUACUGCCCCAAGACCAAGGUGUUGUGCCUGUGGCGCAGGAACGGCUCUGAGACUCAGCUCAACAAGUUCUAUACCAAGAAGUGUCGGGAGCUGUACUACUGCGUGAAGGACAGCAUGGAGCGGGCCGCUGCCCGGCAGCAGAGCAUCAAACCCGGCCCUGAACUAGGUGGCGAGUUCCCCGUGCAGGACAUGAAGACUGGUGAGGGUGGCUUGCUGCAGGUCACCCUAGAAGGGAUCAAUCUCAAGUUCAUGCACAACCAGGUCUGGACUCACAUGGCAGUAACUCAAACCUCGGCGCUCCAGAGGAGGGACUAGAGGCAGAGAGAAGAACCACCUCUGCAGAGAGGUCAGGAGGCUUAGGAGUGAUAGGGAAGAGAAGGGAACCCGUGAUGAGCGAGGGGAAGGAAGAAGAAGGAAGAGCGAGACAGUGACUGCUAGGGAACGGGUCGCCGAAGAGAAAGUGGCCCUAGACGGGGUUAGAGGUCAGAGGCGCUCCUGCGGAGGCUCCGGGAGCAGGCGCCGCCUUCCCUUCUCGGCCAGCUGGUGGUCAGAAAGUUCUGGGGCAAGGCAGACGGGCAGUUUCCAAGCUCUGCUGUGUUCGUGUCGCCUGCUGAGCUCCUCCUAGCAGCCCGGGACUCCGUCCAGCCACCCCGGUGCCGCCCUGGUGUCCGCCUGGCCUCUGUGCGGGAGCAGGGCCGUGCGGUGGCCCGGGCAGCCUCACUCGAGAGGGCAGGGAAGCCUAAUGGGCCUCAGAGGCAGGCAGGGCAGUUGUCGCGGGAGGCUGGCGGCCAGCCUCCCUGCAUCCCCGCAGCCAGGCGCCGACGCUGACCGGUGGUGUAGUGGGUUCUCACCCUGGGGCUUUGAGUUCCUGCUGUGUUUGUGCUUCAUUCUUUUGUGCCCCUCAUCGCUGCUAUGAAAACCUUCGUUCUCCAGCAGGUAAAGUGACCUCGGCUCGUGCUGCCUCCCCCCCAGGCCCCUGCCUGGGCCCUGCCAUGGGUGGGACGGGCUCCCUUCAACCAGACCAGCUGCUCACACUGCCCUUUUCUCUGCCCGCCCCCCCCCACCUCCCCCGUGCUGGCUGACUGGUUCUGAGUUUUCUCCCCUGUGUGUUCCCUUCUCUCUUCUGCCAGAGAGAUAUUUGGGGGAAUCUUCCAACUCAGGAGAAGGACCUGGGCUUCUUGCUCUACCUAUGAUGAGUUUAUUCCCUGUUAAUCCUGGGUCCCCCCGAAUUCUACCUCCCAGGGUCAGAAGAAGGUGUGGCCAACUCUCAUCCUACCUUUUCUGGCCCCCAGGGGGACACCACACCCCUCUGCUCCCUUCUCCAGGGGCCAUCAGGAUGGCUGGGCCCCCGGGGGGCCUUCCUCCUUCCUCUGGCCAAGCAGAACCCCUGCAUGGCUGGGGCAGGGGUGACUUAGUCUUGCAUUCUGGGCUGUGGACAUGUGUGUACUUUGCCUGAUGCUCCCUGUCACCUCCCUCCCCGGGUGCUAUACUCGCCUGUCUUCUGCUCGGUGUGUCUGCUCCAGAGCCCUCUGACGCUCUCCCUCACACAGGCAGGCCUGGGCCUCUCUUGCCACUCAGGGAAGGACACUUACAAGUCUGCUGGGUUUUAGUAUCAUGCCACUUCUUCAUCCAGCCUAAGGACCCUCUGCGUAGGGGCUGGGAGUACAGGGAACCAUGCUUAACAUGAACAGAGUGUCGGGCUGGUAACAGGGAUGAGUUCUCGGGCAUCUCAGCAAGGUGAGGCACAGGCUAGAGACAACGCUCCUCACCCGACCAACAUGGGGCAACGCCCCACUGCAGCUCCUCGGGGCCCUGGACAUUAGCAGCGAGCAGGCUGGUGAAAGGCCAGCCCUCUCCUGUGCGGAGGCUCUCCCCGAAGCGGCUAGAGUCGUGGCCAUCGAGCAGGGAGCCCCAGCAGACCCCACAGGUCUGGCUGCGGAGUCUGGGGCAGUGUCCUCUCGUCCAGCAGCGGCUGGGCAGGUGCCGUCAGAGUGUAAGCUGCUGCAGCCCCUGGCACAGGCCACCGCGGGGCAGGGGACCCCGGUGCCGGGCGCUGCCGCCUGGGGGAGCCUGGCACUGUCGCUCUCAGUUUUGAACUUUCUGUUUUGUCUCUUGCCCGUCCGGUUUUAGUUCCUGAAAUUAAAGAAGUGGUGAGCCACAAGUACAAGACAC